AUGGUGAAACAUCAGCUCGAGGACCGUGACGAUGGGGAGGAGAGGAAGCAGCCACGCAAGGAGCGAACGAUGAACAUCACAGAGCAUGCUUUCAAGGACACAGAGAAUGAGAGCAUGGCAACAGAGCUUGAGAUCAAGGACACAAAGGAAAAGAUCACGGCAACAGAGCUUGAGAUCAAGGACACAAAGGAAAAGAUCAAGGAGACAAAGAAACAGAUCACGGCAACAAAGCUUGAAAUCAAGGGUGCAAUGGCAAAGAUCACGGCAAAAGAACUUGAGAUCAAUGAAAAAAAGACGAAGAUUGAGGAAAUCGAGAGACAGAUUGUAGACCGGAGGAGGCAGCAAGAAGCGGAAGAUGCGAGCAUGAAUACAGAGUCCGUGGAUUUUGAUGAGCUUGUACGGCAUCUGCAAAGAGACAAGAAGCGACUUGAAGGAGAAGAAAAGCGACUUGAAGGAGAAAAGAAGCUACUAGAAAAGGGUUUGGAGCUACUAGAAAAGGACAUGACGCGACUAGACAGGGAUAUGGAGCGACUAGACAAGAACAUGGAGCGACUAGACAAGGACAUGGAGCGACUAGACAAGAACAUGGCGCGACUAGACAAGAGCAUGGAUGCACUCAGAGAGAAGGAGAGGUGGUUUUGGGAACCUGGCAGAGCGCCAGUGUCUUCAUGGAAGGGGUCAGAUGCUCGGCUGGAUUGGAUGGGAUUUCGCGAGGAGAAGAAGCUCUUCCGUCUCGAUGGCUCUUACUUGCAAUACGAAGGAGGUGGCAAGGAGGAGGAGCUUUUUCUUUACUGCCGGGAAUCCUUCGUGAAGCAGCAUCGCUUCUUGCAAGAGGAAGUGCUUGACAAUCAGGCUCUUGGGUGGAUCCUGGGGCCUCCAGGAUCUGGCAAGACGACGACGUCAUUUGCGUUCUGCGUAUCGCUGGAUAUGGGGAAGUGGAGCGUAGCCUUUGUCAGGCUGUUUUUUGACGGCUCAGUCAAGUUCAUGCGGAUUAUAGGCAACCAGAUCAAAUCAUGCUGUUUCUCGGCGUACUACGCAACACAGGCCUUUCACAAUAUUCUUUGUGGAUGGCGCGACGACAAGAAGCUUCUGCUCUUGAUAGACGGCUACUGGAGUCACAUCGAGGCUCACCAACAUGUUUUGUCCGUGUGUUCUCAUUGGCGUAACCAGAGACGAGAAGAUCGAAGGCUGGUUGUCGUGACUUCGAUGUCGUCCCGGGGCCCGAAGACCAAGGUCCACUUGGAUAGAGAGUUUAACGUUAAGCAGCACUUGGUCGAUUCUUGGACGAUAGAGGAAUACCUAGAAGCAGUGAGGUUCGACGCGGUGUAUAAGCGAGUUGAACCGUUCUUAGAGAUGAAUGUGAGCAAAGACCAGUUGGGCUUCAAGGUACCAAGAGAGCAGGGGGGUAGAGAAGAUCGCGUGAGGAGGAAGCACUAUCUCGCUGGUGGCUCAUGCCGGUACAUGUUCGACAUGACUUCAGCCGAUGUGAUUGAGGAACUCAAUCUAGAUUCGAUCUCUGCGAACAGCCUCGAGAUGGUAUGUCGGUAUGGAGCUUGCGAGGAAAGUGGAGACAUCAAAGUUGUCUCAGUUUCUAUCGUGAUGCUAUUCUUCCAAGCCAUGGAGAGGACAGGGCUGACGGUGAAAUACGACAAGUCAGGUCAGACCGUUCAUUGGGACGCAUGCCUCGUGAAGAUCUUCGAUCCGAGGAAAAGCAAGAAGACUCUUCCUAGCUGCAGGACAUGCUUUAGGCCGAUCAGUGAGAAUCAGGGAGGCUAUGACGCUGUGUUUGUAGACCUACCAAGCAAAUGUGCACAGUUUGUGCAAGUAACAGUAGCAAAGCAGCAUGACUUCAAGCUCCGCUACUUCCCGGAGGCUCUUAUCGCUCUUGGCAUUCUCCCCGGUCAUGGUUGGACGGUAAAAGUUGUUUUGCUUAUCCCGCAAAACAGGGUGAGGGAGUUCAAGAUCAGCUGCGUUGAUGACCGUGGGAAGCUGAAGGAGUAUGGAUGGGAGGGAGGACAGGAAGAAACAAAUGUGGACAUAGCGAGUGUUCUUCUCGAGCAUUAG